CUUCAUCCAUGCUACCGCUGGUUACCGUAUACCGCGCCAAAUCGCCAAAUGUUAUACGAAAGAGAGUUGCAAAAGGAAGUGCAAGCGACUUGGUAGUUUUUGUGGUUGGUUUCUAUAUGUUUGCAACCAAGGUAUUCAAUGAAAUCACUUCGGCGGGAACAACAGAUACAGAUACAGGCAUUCCAUCACAAUGUUGUGAGAUUUCAAAUGAGGAUCAAAAUCAUAUUGCUCCUGUUUCAAAGCCAGCUUCAGGUGGAGAGAAACAGAUUGAUACGAGUUCUUCUUGUAAUGAUCAGAGUCAUAGAAUCAUGCAAGAAUAUAUGAAGCUUGAUCUGAAGCUUGAGGAAGAAACAUCUAAGGCUGAUGAAUAA